CAAAAUCCUGAAGUCUGAUUCGAGUCGAGACGAGUCGUAAACAUUUUAACCCCGUGUUGACUAAAAUGAUCGUUUUUACGCAGUGGUUCACUUUGCUAUUUUAUGGUUCGUCCUGCUAGCCUGAAGCAAACGUCCCACAUUCCGUACGACGUGUUUAUAACAGUUUAUUACAAACGCAGUCCACGAGUAACAGGAUUUUAACAGAGAAUGGCUUCACGGGGGAAAUCCGAAACCAGCAAACUAAAGCAGAACAUGGAGGAACAGCUCGACAGACUGAUGCAGCAGCUUCAGGACCUGGAGGAAUGCAGAGAAGAAUUGGACGAAGAGGAGUACGAGGAGACAAAGAAAGAGACCUUGGAGCAGCUGGAGGAGUUCAACGACUCCCUGAAGAAGAUAAUGACAGGAGACAUGACACUGGUGGAUGAACUCGGUGGGAUGCAGCUGGCAAUCCAAGCUGCGAUCAGCCAAGCAUUCAAAACCCCCGAGGUGAUCCGACUUUUUGCAAAGAAGCAGCCAGGACAGCUGAGGACCAGACUCGCAGAGAUGGACCGAGACGUGAUGGUGGGGAAAAUGUCUCGGGCUGUGCACACGCAGCAGAAAAUGGAAAUCCUCACAGCCCUAAGGAAGCUGGGAGAGAAGCUUACCCCAGAGGAUGAGACAUUUCUCGCUGAAAACGCUACAGCUACUCUGAGUCAGUUUGAAAAAGUCACUGCAAACCUGGGGUCAGAAGACAAAAUUAUGGCUUUAGCUAGUUCUGGGGUGAAAACCAAAUCAUAGACAGUUUACAAAACAAUAAUAUUAAGUCAUUGUUCUUAGUAAAAAAAAAAAAUAAAUAUGCCAAUUAAUCAGGUUUUGUAUGAAAACCAGUGGACUUUUUAGUGUUUCCAUACAGGCUAACAUUUCUAACAAUGUUGUUUUAUACUUGUUUACUUUUGUAAAUGUCAUUUAUUUGUCCAAGUCUGUAAAAUUUUAACAUUUGUAGGUACAAGCAUGUGAUUUGAGAAAUCCAAUCACAUGCAAAUGAGUGUAGAGGAUGAUUUGUCCUGUGUUGGAUUGCUGUGUGUGUUUUUAGGAGGCAGAAUAACUGUGUGAAAAUAACAAAUGUUCAUGAUGCAGUUUUUAAUUAAACUGUCUGAAGUUCUUUGGAA